ACUAAAUCUAGGUUCUAGGACAAAGCUAAUUGAGCAAAGAUGGCGUCCGUACAUACAUUACAGCUGGUCUGUUUGUGCGUUGUUGCGGUACUUGUUACUUGUGACACGGAUAUAACUCAGGAAGUCCUUUCUACGCUCAACAAACAAGUCCAGACACUGCAGGCAGCCUUCCAAAGUCAGCAAGAUCACAUACACAAACAGGAUGGAACGAUUGUACUUCUCAAAAACCGUAUUCAGGAACUGGAAGCUGAAACUCAUGAACUAAAACAUCAGAACCAAUUUCGUACAACAGGCCAACGGAAAAGAGUUUCAGGCAAUGGCGCAGAGCUUAGUAAUGUUGGUUUCUCCGCUUCUUUGUCAACAACCACUGCCCUUGGAGAUUCACAAAUCGUAGUAUUUGACACUGUUGUCACCAAUGACGGGAAUGGCUAUGACACAAGACACGGUCAUUUUACCGCACCCGUAGCGGGUCUGUACGCCUUCUCUGUAACUGUCAUGUGUUACGGAGACGAGUCAGAAAUCCACGCCGCCAUCGUCAGAGAUGGUCAGAAAAUAGGUGUGGUCUUUGCUAACGGUAACCACUUUGAUAAUGGCAGCAAGCUUGUGGUUGUACGGCUCCAGGCCGGGCAGAUGGUUUGGGUGGAACACACAUAUGACCCGUCUGGAAACAAGAUAAAUGGCGCUGGAUACAGUUCCUUCUCCGGGUUUCUGAUCCGGGCUUAUUAAAUGUGUACCUUGGUCC